AACCUGUAACAACAUUUUUCACCUCACAGCGCAAUGGCGAGGACUGUGCUUUCUGUUUUGUGUCUCCUUGUUGGAUUUGUAUGUUUCCCAAGUACAGAAUCUUGGGAAGCACCCUGGUUCUGUCAUAACCGUAAGUGUCCAGAGUACACUGUGGUACAAAAAUAUGAGGGAUUUGAGGAGCGCAAAUACGAAGUAAGCCAUUGGAUUACAACCGAUAUUGCGGGAACCAGCGAGAGUGAUUUAAAGGAUGGAUUUUGGAAACUGUAUUAUUUCGAUCAAGGUGAAAACAGUGAGGAAAAGGAGAUUGAUAUGACUAGGCCUGUUGUGGUGUCAGUCAAGGAAGCUGAUGGUACGGGUGAGCAAAAGGUGUCCCUUUCCUUCUUUCAAUCUAACGCAGACAUCCCUGAGCCCAACGAUAAAACCAUCAGAAAAACAGUCAUACCAGGCGGUACUGUCUACGUCAGGUCAUUUGGUGGUAUUGCAUCUGAUAAAGACGCCUUAGAGAAUGUGAAGCAGCUUAGGAAUGACCUCAGAACUGCAGGGAAGGAGUUUGUUAAAAACAAGUUUGAUGCAGCUGGAUACGAUGCACCAUGGGAAUUGCUCUACAGGCACAAUGAAGUUUGGGUUCGUGCACCCUGAGGACUUGCAGAUCUCAUUCCUGUGUAGCCUCUUUUUAGUUCAAAGUUACUAUUGGAGAUUUCCAUAUGUAUCGUAAUGAUAAUAUGGUGUUCAAGUCUUAAUCAUUGUAUUGUAAAAUGUUUAGUUUUGAGCAAUACAUUUACGUAAGCACUUUGGAGUUGUUUGACAGCAAUUAUAAACUGGUUUUAGGAAUGUGAUGGUUAUCUUCUACCUCUGUAGGUUCAGAUUAAUUCAAACUGAAAAACAAGUAAAGUUUUACUGAAAUCUAAUGCUAAUAGCUUUGAUAAUAAAACUUUUGACCUCUUU